GGAGGAAUCGACGUGAUCUGAUGACGCUCGCCCCUCGGCGGCGAACAUUGAUGGUGUCAUCGAGGGCCCGCCCACUCGCCGGCGACCCAUUUCCGAGCUGCACCAGAGCAUGAGGAUCUUAUGGAGGCCAUUUGGAUUCUCAAGAAGAAUUCUCAAAGUGGAAAGCUGUAGAAUAACUGAAGCAGAAUCAUUGAGUCCACUAGCUUGGGCAUCACUGAUACAGAAGCUUAGCAGAACACCUGGUAUUUUCUUGUUGGCUCAAAGAAAAAUAUUCUCAACCAUGCCUGAAAUAGAAACGAAUCAGAGGGACUCUGAAUUGUUUUCACCCCCCUCUGAAGUUCGAGGAAUGACAGAACUUGAUAGAACAGCUUUUAAAAAGACAAUCAUCAUCCCGGUGCUUAAAGUGAGGAAAGAAAUAGUCAAUAAAUUGAUGCGAUCCCUUAAAAGGGCAGCACUGCAGCGCCCAGGCAUAAAACGUGUGAUUGAAGAUCCAGAAGAUGAAGAAAGUAGACUAAUUAUGUUGGAUCCCUAUAAAAUGUUUACUGAUGAUUCCUUUGAGAAGGGAGAACUCAGUAUUUUAAAGCAGCUGAAUGUCAGUCCACAGAUAUCUAAAUAUAACUUGGAACUAACUUAUGAAAACUUUAAGUCAGAAGAAAUCUUGAAAGCUGUGCUUCCUGAAGGUCAAGAUGUGACUUCAGGGUUUAGCAGAGUUGGACAUAUUGCCCACCUGAACCUUCGAGAUCAUCAACUGCCUUACAAGCAUUUAAUUGGCCAAGUUAUGAUUGACAAAAAUCCAGGAAUCACCUCAGUGGUAAAUAAAAUUAAUAACAUUGAUAAUACCUACCGAAAUUUCCAAAUGGAAGUGCUAUCUGGAGAGGAGAAUAUGAUGACCAAGGUUCGAGAGAACAACUACACUUAUGAAUUUGAUUUUUCAAAAGUCUAUUGGAAUCCUCGUCUCUCCACAGAACACAGCCGUAUCACAGAACUUCUCAAACCUGGGGAUGUCCUAUUUGAUGUUUUUGCUGGGGUUGGGCCCUUUGCCAUUCCAGCAGCAAAGAAAAACUGCACUGUAUUUGCUAAUGAUCUCAAUCCUGAAUCCCAUAAAUGGUUACUACACAAUUGUAAAUUAAAUAAAGUGGACCAAAAGGUGAAAGUCUUUAACUUGGAUGGGAAAGACUUCCUCCAAGGACCAGUCAGAGAAGAAUUAAUGCAGCAGCUGGGACCACUGUCAAAAGAAAGAAAACACUCUGUGCACAUUGUCAUGAACUUGCCAGCAAAGGCUAUUGAGUUUCUCAGUGCUUUCAAAUCACUCUUAGAUGGACAGCCAUGCGGCAGUGAGCUUUUUCCCAUUGUGCACUGUUACAGCUUUUCCAAAGAUGCUAAUCCUGCUAAGGAUGUUCAGCAACGAGCUGGAACUGUGUUAGGCAUCUCCUUGGAGGCAUGCAGUUCAGUUCACCUAGUAAGAAAUGUGGCCCCUAACAAGGAAAUGUUAUGCAUCACUUUUCGGAUUCCUGCUGCUAUACUUUACAAGAACCAGACCCUAAAUGGAGACAAUCAUGAAGAUCCACCUAUUAAACGCCAGAGGACGGAUAAAGACUCUUAGGAA